AUGGAAAAUGCUGUUUAUUUGAGUGAAGCAUUAUUUGAUGUUAUUAAUGCAAUAGAGGUAUACGAAAAUUCCGGCGAUCCUUCAACAGAUUUGCAACGUGUUAUUUUAAAAUUGGAUUAUGUUCAGAGAUUAGCAGUUAACCUAAACAUGGAGGAAGACAUCAUCACAUCGAUUGGGAGGGCUUACAGACUGCUCGUUCAAAUAGAAAACAACAAUUUCAAUCGUGACAGAUAUGGAGCAUUGUUGCAUAGAGAAGGACAACGAGGGCGACCAUCCUAUGACAUAAGCGAGGAACAGCUGUCCUUUUUGCUCGAGAAAGGAUUUCAAGUAAGAGACAUUAGUAACAUUCUUGGCGUGAGUUCUCGUACAGUUGAAAGGCGAAUGUCUGGUUUCGGGUUAAGUGUGACAGGUAAACAGCCAUUUAUGCCAUAUACUUAAAACGAAGCGGUUGUAGGGCGUAAAAAUACCUGUGGUUCCGGUCAUAUCACGAAAAAACUAGGGUCGGUAGGUCGGAAAUUUUUUGAAUAUUUUUUUCAAUAAUUUAAUAGUGUGACAACAUUGAACUAAAAAUGUUGUUUUUUAAUAGUUCAAUGUGUGACAACCAUUGUGACAACAGACGCCAUUUUGGCAGCAGCCCGCAACCACCCAGAGAAAAUAGGGUCGCAUGGUCAAUCGUGUUGGAAAAUUAAUAGGGUCGGCAGAAAAAAAAUAGGGUCGGAACCACAGGUAUUUUUUUUACGCCUAGCAUCUUCAGGCGAUUGGUAGGUUGAAUUUUUACCAACUAAAUGGACCAUUCCCCAAUUAACCAAAAUUUUGAUCUCAACAAGUCUAGACAAAAUUCCAUCAUGGCAUGAAAGAGCAUCACAAAAUUAGUAAUAUUCUAAAGUUUUGUUGCGAAAUGUUGUAAAAUGCGGAUAAUAUAGCCUUCGGAAAUGUGCAAUUUUCAGUCAUUUUAGAUUACAAACGGGAAAUGGUUACCACUUUUCCAAAAUUUUGAUCUUAAUUAGCCUGAACAAAAGUUUAAUCACAGCUUGAAAGAGCAUCAGAAAAUUAGUAAUAUUUUAAUGUUUCAUUGCAAAAUGUUGUAAAAUGUGGAUAAUAUAGCCUUGCGAAGUUUGUAAUUUUCAGUCAUUUUGUAUUACACAAAGAAGCGAUAACCAUUUCCCGUUUGUAAUCUAAAAUGACUGAAAAUUGCAAAUUUCGCAAGGCUAUAUUAUCCGCAUUUUACAACAUUUUGCAACGAAACUUUGGAAUAUUACUAAUUUUGUGAUGCUCUUUCAAGCUGUUAUGAAAUUUUUGUCUAGACUUGUUGAGUUCAAUAUUUUGGUUAAUUGGGGAAUGGUCCAUUGUGACCCCCUGGAAUUCAGUUUACAUACCUCCUCCCUGGAAUAUCCUAUGAAUUCCUUACUAGAUACCGCUGGAAAAUGGCUUUAAUCGCAGACCACACCCUGGAUUUCUGCAGUCUUUUUCACCCCUCCCAAUGGAUUUUCCAAUGCCUUUUUUACACCCCUCCCUUUUUACACACCCCACUCUAAAACUGUCUGUACCAGUGUUGGUAGUACCAAUUUGAAAAUGCUGUGCUGAGUGGUUAUAUUACUACCUUAAAAAAAUAAGCAGAAACUCGACGUUUCGAGCGAAGGCCCUUCGUCUUGACAAUCAGUUCAGAUUCCUCCCUGAAACGGAUUAUCCCAGAGCCUCACGUUCCUUCCAGAGGAUCGCAAGCUAGGGGAACGAGUUUGAAGUGCACGAAAUAUUGUCGUCGUGACUACUUAACGCUUGUCUUAAGACAUAUUUUUGUGACAAAACUAUUUCAUGCACUUAAAUUGGAAAAGACUCGCUACCAAUCCCUGUUGACUCGAUAGUUCAAUGGGUAGAGCACAUAGAUAUCUUAUAUACACUAGAUAGCGCAUAUCUUUUAGUAAAAUUGAAGCCAAUAAUAUUCCAGCGGUUACCCCCAUUUGAAUAGAUAGCAGCAAUAUUGGUCGUUCCCACUUGCUAAUAAACGGUUAAAAACAACAAUAACUUUCAACAUUUGAAUAGUUUAAAAACGUAUUUGGAAUAGGGUUAACUUAAUGUUUAAGUUCCCUGAUUAAGAAAUAGAAAACAUACAAAUCUUCUCAUUUCAUGAGAACGACCUGAGACUGCAAUCAUGAAUUGCAUUAUAAUUAGAUGCACUAUCUAGUGUAUAUAAGAUAUCUAUGGUAGAGCAGCGGUCUAGAUACCCGAAUAUGCAAGUUCAAAUCCUGCUCGAGCCAACAAAUCUUUCGUUGGUGUAUUGUAGUGUUGGAAUAAUAUGAAAGUGUUAUAUAAUUAGUUCACUGACUUAUUCUUUUUUUUGCAAUGACGUAAUUUUUCGAUUUCAGUUGACGGGCAGUUUUAACAAAAAGCCGGCUAUUUUAAUGUAUUGAUAGAGUUUAGAAACAGUUUAAGCCUCAAAAGAGGAAUUGCGGUUCAGUUCUUGCUACAUCCAUUAUGGUAGCUGAAAAAUUGUCUGAUUGCCCGUCAUUUGGAUGAAAAGUCACAUGAUUGCAAACAAAGAAUUGGCUGGACUUAAGCUUAUUGAUGAAAGGUGUAUUUAACUAUAAUUUGCAAGGCAUGUACAGUGGUAUUGAUGACAUGCAGCUAGAUGAACUUGUGGUCACUGCUACUGGUCAGCACCCACAGUGGGGAAUUAGAAUGGUUAAGGGCUACCUGCAAAGAAAGGGGAUUAGAGUUCAAUGGAAAAGAGUACGGCAGUCAUUGCUACGCACGGAUCCUAUUGGUUUGAUGGAGAGAUGGACAAGAACAAUCAAACGACGAGAGUACCGAGUGAAGUAUCCGCUAUCGUUGUGGCACAUUGAUGGGAAUCACAAGUUAAUCAGGUGAAAUAGAGUACUAAUAUCAACAUUACUACUGUAUUUAAACACUAGUUAUGAACAAGACCUUCUCUCAACGAGGAAACUUGUCUGGCAUUAGAGAAAGCAAAAUAACAAUCUGGCAUUAGAGAAAGUAAAUUAACAAAGUAUGGCACACAAGGACAUUACCAUAAUGUCAAUAAGCUCAUAAAAUCUACAUGAAUGUAACUAAAAAAAAUGAGUAAACAUAUUAAAGUAAUUACUCUCAUAUGACUAUUGUUUAGCAUUAGAACAUUUGGUUUGCCUGGUACGCUUAAUUAUCGUGCCAAUUGCCAAAUAAUUUAUUGUAGUAAAGUUAUUUACAACUGCAUGAACUCUCUUGUUAAAACAUCAAAUAUAUUGAUGGCAAUAGAUGGAGAAUUGUUGUCCAUGGUGGAAUUGAUGGGUACUCUCGCCUUCCUGUAUAUCUCAAAGCGUCAAACAACAACAAAGCAGAAACAGUCCUUCAUUGUUUUCAAGAAGCUGUUGCUGAGUAUGGAUUACCAUCACGAGUUAGGUCAGAUAAAGGUGGAGAGAAUGUCGAUGUUUCAGCUUACAUGCUCAACCAUGUUCAACGAGGUCCUGGGAGAGGAAGUAUGAUUACAGGUGAUGUUUUGUCAUACGCAUUAACGCGCUAUGCGCCCUAGUGCGCCCAAUUUUGUUAUUUAACUCGAACUAACGCCAUAUUAGUCGUUAACAGUAUUUUUAUUUGUGGAACAGAACAAGUCGUCAUACAGUAUAUAUUUGCUAUUUCGUCAUUCAAAUGCGGAAUGGUAAUCAGAUCUCUUAAAUAAAAUAACAGCAGCAACAAACCGCUGCAACGUGCAACUGCCUUCACAAUAUGUUUUUAAAUUAAAUGUCUUCAACUGUUCCCGCAUAUUAAAGUUAUAAAAUCUAAGAUAAUCAUAAACAUUUCAAUAUACUGUAACAAUGUAACUUGCAUUGAUACGCUUUUCGCAAUUUGCAGGAAUUUUGUUGGAAAACUAUUAAAAAACACCUACUCUUUCUUACAAUAGGAAAAAGUACGCACAAUCAGAGAAUAGAGAGGCUAUGGCGUGAUGUUUUCAGUGGAUGCCUUGGCUUUUUCUAUGAUUUGUUUCAUCAUUUGGAAAACCAACUUUUACUAGAUCCUGACGAGGAUGCUCACUUAUGGUGCCUUCAUUUUGUAUUCUUGCCAAUUGUUAACAACCAUCUUAAAAAUUGGCGACAUGCAUAUAUAAAUCACCCACUAAGCUCAGAAAGCAACAGAACUCCAAUACAGCUCUGGAUAAGAGGUCUGCAAGAAGCAAGAACCUCUGGUCGCGCUGAAGAUAUAGAUUUCCAGGUGAAUAUGGAUUAGGGCAUAGGCGGCGCAGCGAAAUGUGUAUAUAGCUAUUCACUUAACAUCAUUGGAAUUAUAUUCAAUAGCCCCUGACCCUGUCGAAUAACUGCUAGAAAAUAUUGUGUCGCUUUUUAUUGCAAUAGGGGAGUAGCCACUAUAUAUAUUAUGUUGCGGGCCUGAAAACGAUCACUGGUAAAAAAAUUUAAAAAAUAGAUUAAUAUUCCCUCUCUCGCAAGACCCCUUAUAUUCCCCAAUUUCCGAUACUUGUACAUUAUUGGAAGUUAAAACAACGAGGAAAACCAAUUAUAACGAAUGCAAGAGCCAAAGGUAUCCCGUUUAUCACAAGUUGUAUUUUUCUGAACAAUAUUAAUUAAUAAGGUUAUGAUUUCAGGAAAUAUUAUACUUGUAGUAAAUAUUUCCCGACGUUACAUUUAAAUAUGGCAAAUAAAUUUCAUGCAAUUUAAUGUUUAUCACAACUUACACCCAUGUUACGUUAAUUUUUUUGUUAGAAUGAUUCUACUUAUUAUGGAGUUGACUGGGCAGGACCCAUUCCCGAAAUUGAUCCGGAUAUCGUCGCUGUUCCAGACACGGAUUGCCCUUUCAACAACGAACAACUGAGAGAAUUGCCACGAUUAGAUGGUAUGACGUAUCUUUAG